AUGUAUAUUGAUGGUCAUGAGAGAGAUGAUAUUGUUGCUUAUCGAAAAGAAUUUCUUGAAACUAUGGCUAGUUUAAUGCCAAAAUUUAUUGGUAAUGAACUUGAAAUUAGAAUUGAUUCUAAAUUAAAAGGUUGGAGACCUAAAAAUGAGCAACCUUUACGAAAAAAAAGACAAGGAAGAACAAUUUAUGUUAAUGAUUUUUUAACUAAUACAAUUGGAAGAUUAAAAAUAAAUGAAGAAGAAAUUGAUAAUACCAUUCUAAGUGAAGCCUGUGUUAUAAUUAAUCCUGAAAAAAAUUUUGAUGGAUGGUGGAAUAUUGAUCAAUUAAUUGAUCAGGUAUUUUAUUAUAAUAAUUAA